CCCCACUAGAAGCCUCCCUGCCUUUUGUUUGUUUUCCUGCGGGAGCUUGGAGAGCGGCCGGGUUGCUGCUGCUGUACCAUGCGCCGCGCGGCCCUUGCGACUCGCCGGACCACCCGGGCGUCUCAGCUCGGACCUCUCUGCACGUCCUAGCAGCUAUCACCCCCAUUUCUAGUUCCCCAGCAGACUGCUGAGCCCCAGUCGCCGAGGAGCUGCACUUACCGCAGGGGCGGGCCCCCGCCUGUGUUUGAGGCGCCAGCAGAAGACUAACCUUUGAAAAUAUGUAUUUGGGAGAUAGUCACGUUCUACUCAAUACCUUGUGCUGGUGCUGCCAUCGGAAAAUCUGGUUACAUUCCGGGGAGGCCUGCUGCCAUUGUAGGACUGAACCACCUCAGCCCUGA